GGCGGUAGCCCUGCUGGAGGGGCUCUGAACGAUCGAGGCCAAAAAAUCCGCAACGAGGCUUGAUUCCUCUCGCUUCUCUUCUUCGCCAUCAUUUCUGCUGUUUUCUGUAACCUUGCCACAUAAUUUUAUUAUACUAUUCUAUUCUUCUCCUCUCCAUAUUACCUGUCUCGACAUCUACAUAGACCGUGCAUCCGUGGAGCAUUAGCUCGACGAUAAGCGAUAGCUUUGCCCGUGGGGGUUCAGCUGCAACGUUUCUUCAACGCCUACACCCAACCCGAACCCACAGAAAGCUGCCUCUACGGAGAGCCUCAGCGCAUUUCCCGAAUCUCCCAUCCCCGACUCAACCAUGACAGCCCCGGAGGGAGCAGCUCAAAACACCAGCCGAGGCGACGGCAGCUCUAGAGGACGAGGCCGUGGCGGCGGCGGUGGAAGUAGAGGAGGCGGCGGCGGAGGGGCCAAGCGAGGAGGACGAGGCAGCGGCAAUCGAGGACAGGGACGCGGCCAGAAGGGAACACAAGAUGCUGCUGCUGCGACAUUGGCCGGGUCAGCAGAGGCUGCGCCGUCUGGAGCCGGCAAAGAGAACAAGGCCAUGGCGGCCACCCGGCCAGAGGUCGACGACGGCGACGACGACGCCGAAGUCUGCUUCAUCUGCGCCAACCCGGUUGCCCACCACUCGAUCGCGCCGUGCAACCACAAGACAUGCCACAUCUGCGGCCUGCGCAUGAGGGCCUUGUACAAGGUCAAGGAUUGUGCCCACUGCCGAACGCCAGCAUCCUAUGUCAUCUUCACCGACGAUGCCGAGAAGCGAUUCGAAGACUACACCGACAAGGACUUCACCACCACCGACACCAACAUCGGCAUCAAGUACACAAACGAGGACAUUGUUGGCGACACCGUCCUCCUGCUGAGAUACAACUGUCCCGACGAGUCCUGCGACUUUGCCGGCCUGGGCUGGGCCGACCUCCACCGGCACGUCAAGUCGGCGCACCACAAGCGCAUGUGCGAUCUCUGCACUCGUAACAAGAAGGUCUUCACCCACGAGCAUGAGCUCUUCGGCGAUAAGGAGCUGGAGAAGCACAUGCGCCACGGCGACGACAAGCCCGGCGCUGCUGACCAGACGGGUUUCAAGGGCCACCCGCUCUGCGGCUUCUGCGGCCAGCGCUUCUAUGACGACGACAAGCUGUUUGAGCACUGCCGCAUGAAGCACGAGCGAUGCUUCCUCUGCGACAGACGAGAUUCGAGACAGCCCCACUACUUCCUCAACUAUGAAGAGCUGGAGAAGCACUUCAAGAAGGACCACUUCCUGUGCUCUGACCGCGGAUGCUUGGAGAAGAAGUUUGUCGUCUUCGAGUCCGAGCUGGACAUGCAGGCUCACAACCUCGCCGAGCAUGCCGGUAAACAUGUGGGCAGAGAUGCCAGGCUUGUCGACAUCUCUGCUUUUGAUAUUCGUCAAUCGUAUCAGCCGGAAAGACGCGGCGGCCAGCGAGAAGGACGUGCCCAGGGACGGGCAAGAGGCAACAGAGGAAGAGACCCCAACGAGGAUAGCAUUCUGCCAACUGUGAGUUCGACUGUGCCUCUGCGGAGAGACGAACUGGCGUUUCAGCGACAAAUGGCCAUUGCCUCGGCGCCUUCGGGUUCAAACCGGACAUUCCGAGGCCAGCUGUCGACUCCAACUCCCUCUACCGCGCCAGUAACUCCCACGCUCGCACCCACACCAGCUCAAGCAUCGUCAGCCAGAAAUGCUACGGCAACACCCCCUUCAAGGCCCCGAAGCGUUGGACCAGGCGCCGGCCCCGCUGCCGCGACCAACGCCAUCGAGGCCCUCAGCCUUACCGACUCAGCCAGCCUUUCGCCCGAAGAACGAGCUCGCCUAGUUCGCCACGGUAGCGUCAUCGAGCGGGCUGCGAACCUCCUGGGCAACGAUGCGCACAAGAUGGCAGCCUUCCGUAGCCACAUCUCAACAUACCGCCAGGACGGUUUCACAGCUCCUCAGCUCAUCGAGGCCUUCUUUGCCCUGUUCUCGGAUGCAUCAUCAAACGCCCUCGCAACUCUCGUGAGAGAGCUGGCAGAUCUUUUUGAGGACAAGAGCAAGGCUGAUAACCUCAGAAAGGCCUGGCAAGACUGGCGGGCCAUCAACGAGGACUACCCCAGCUUACCGGGCCUUGGUGGCAUGCAGGGAGCAACCUCAAGCUCCAGCGGAUGGGCGAGUGCCGCGGCUGCCAACACGAGAUUCACCGUUGUUGCGCCUUCGCAACGAAACUCGAACAGAGUCUUGAAACUUAAGAACAGUACUCGACUCGGCGGCCCAACGCCCACCGCUUCACGAGGGCCCCCCGGCUGGGUGGCAGCGUCUUCCUCAUCCUCCUCGUCCAAGGCCCCCUCAGCAUCAGCCUUCCCUUCUCUGCCAACACCGUCUUCAUCCUCAUCAUCCCGCGUAUCUGCGGCCGCCUCCGCACCCUCAUGGACCGCCUCUUCUUCAUCAUCCUCCCAGUCUCGCGGCCGAGGCCCAGCACCGCCAAACACCCGCGCAGAAGACGCUUUCCCUGCGCUUCCCGCAGCUCCGAAACCUCAAACGACCAUCUUUGGCUACGGUGGAGGUCGCGGCGUGAGACGCGACUUUGGCCAGCGGGAGUCAGACUUCCAAUGGGGGGCUUCUUCUGCUGCUCCUGCGGUGUCGUCGUCUGCGGCUGAGGAAGCGGACGAUGUUGAGGCGGGAGGAAAGGGCAAGAAGGGUAAGAAGGGUAAGAAGCAGAUUCUGGUUCAGUGGGGAUAAAACAGUAAAGAAAGAAAGAAAAAAAGACCAGAAGAAAAAAAAAGGGGGGCGUUGAAGAUACUACUCGCGUUCUUUUUGUCUCACUUUUUUCUUUUUUUUUUACAUUACGGAAUAAUGUUGUUUCCUUACAUAUCCCUUGACUGUUAUUGCUUUUCCCUUUAUUGAUGAGGGACUUGUGACAUUGCCUAGGCGUUGGAUUUGAUCGAUUUCACACUAUAUCAAAAAAAAAAGUGUGAGUCUUGUAAGAGCGAAUGUUGGAAUAGUACACAGAUAGGUACAUAGAGAUGAAAUAAAGAGAAAUGUGUCACGC